AUGGGCAUCAUCUUCAUCUUCACUACUAUCCCCGUGGUCCUUGGGCCUGUUAUUGGCGGCCUCAUGGCCGAGAGGGCUUCUUGGAGAUGGAUCUUCUACAUGAAGCUGCCCAUUGCUGCCGUCGCCUGGGUCAUGCUGGCACUGUGCUUGACGGUCAAGUAUGUUAAGGACAGCGCUCGCAACUCCUUAAAACGCGUCGACCUUGGCGGCAACGCUCUUCUGGUGGCUUCUGUGGCCAGUGUGCUUGUUGCUCUUACAUGGGGCGGUGUCAAGUACCUAUGGUCGUCGUGGAGGACUAUGGUGCCGCUCAUACUUGGCCUUGCCGGCCUGGGCGGGCUUGCUACCGCUGAUCGACAAUAA